UCAACCACACUUCUAAAAAGUGUUAUAAAUCCACAAUGUCAACAUCCAUGGCCCCAUUCUCAUAAUUUAGUGGACUUCUGUGAUCACCAAAAUGCAACUUCUAUAAUGGAACUGAUGUUCUAUUCAUCAUCUCUUACUCCUCUCUAAUUCUCUCUCUCUCUCUCUCUCUCUCUCUCUCUCUCUCUCUCUCUCUCUUUUUAAACCUUUUCUUUUCUGCAUUUGGGUUCCAAAAAUUGGGGAGAGACUUGAGAAUUUUCUCCCCCUGCGGUUUGAUUUUUUAGCAUCGCUAUCUUUCUAUGGGUUUUCUAAAGGAUGCAAAUAUGAAUUAGAGACAACCUGGAUUCUCUUAAUCCAUCUUUAGCUCCCCCUCUGGCUCUAUGCACCAAGAACUCUCUCAAAUAUUAACAGUUAUUUUGCAGAUUUUGCAUAUUUCCUUUUCAGAAAUCUGAGCUACCUCUAAAUUUUGAAGCUUUGGUAUCCAGGGAAAGGGCAAUCAGCAUGGAGGGAAGGUACGGUUGGACAUCCUUGAAAAAUGAAGAAUUCCAAGAAGAAGAUAUUUGGGCUGUUCUGAAGGAAAGCACAGAUUUUACUACCUCCAAGGUUGGUUCAUCAGAUUCCCCUACUUCUAAUUCAAGGCAGCAGCUCCCCAAAACUAGCAGCAUAAUGAUCCCAAGAGCUAACAACAAUUCCGCUCAAGAACGAAAAAUAUUUCCGAAAUCAGCACCGGUAAAAAUACCCGAUUGGUCAAAGAUUUAUGGUGAGAACUCAAAGACUGGUUCAUGGCUUGAUGUUGAUCAUGACCAUAAUGAUAAUGAUCAUGAUCAUGAUGUUGGUAGUGAUGAAGAUGAUGAUGAUGAUGAUGAUGGGAAAGUGAUGCCCCCACAUGAAUGGAUGGCAAAGAAGCUAGCAAGGAGUAAUACAUUUUCUUUCUCUGUUUGUGAAGGGGCUGGGAGGACUCUCAAAGGGAGAGACCUAAGUAGGGUAAGGAAUACUGUGUUAACCAAAACUGGGUUCCUCGAGUAAGAUGGCCAUCGUAAUUAUCAUGAUGGCGGUACCAUGUCAUCAAGAUGAUUGGUAAAAAUGGGAUGGUCAAGUGGGUAAUUACCAUUAUUAUGCUGUAGAUAAGGAUAUCUGUUUAUCA